GAGAGAGAGAGAGAGAGAGAGAGAGAGAGAGUGUCUUCCUCAUUAGGGGAGUAUCUGACACUUUACCUCUUCAACAACCGAGUGAUUCAUCAUGACGGAAGUGUGAAAGUAAGAUGUUAAGUCCAACCAGUGCAGCCCAGAAGAACCUCAGUGAGGAGGACAGCUCUGGAUCUGAUGGAGAGUCAGUUGGUCAGGAACCUGAGACCGACCGCUUCGGCUUCAUUCUGACCAAUGGAUCCACUGCUGGGAGUGUGGGCCCACCGCCCGAGUUGGUCAGGCACAGGGAGACCAAAUGGAUAAAUAUCAUUAGCCAAUGGGAUCGCAUCUUGCUGAAGAAGACCAGUAAGGUCAAAGUGCAGUGUCAGAAAGGCAUCCCGGCCUCUCUGCGGGCCAAGUGUUGGCCUCUGCUGUGCGGAGCUACUGACAAGAUGAAACAAAGCGAAAACCUCUACCAGUCUCUGGACUCGCAGCCUGCUCUGCAGAGCUGGGUGGACGUGAUCGUGAGGGACCUGGACCGACAGUUCCCUUUUCAUGAAAUGUUCCUCUCAAAGGAUGGACACGGGCAGCAGGGCUUGUUCCGGGUGCUGAAAGCUUUCACUCAGUACCAACCGGAGGAGGGUUACUGCCAGGCGCAGGGGCCUGUGGCUGCAGUGCUGCUGAUGAACAUGCCUGCUGAGGAGGCCUUCUGGUGUCUGGUGGAGAUUAGUCAGCAGUACCUGCCUGGAUACUACAGUCCUCUGCUGGAAGGAGUCCUGUUUGACGCGGCCAUGUUGAACUGGGUCUUGAAGAGGACGUGUCCAGCUGCACACAAACACCUGCAGCACCACGGAGUGGAGCCCCUCAUGUUCGCCACCGACUGGCUGAUGUGCCUCUACACACGCCACCUGCCCUUCAACACACUGCUCCGGGUCUGGGACCUCUUCUUCUGCUAUGGGGUGCGGGUGCUGCUCCAGGUGGCGGUGGUGCUGGUGCGCCGGGUGCUGGGCCGGGCCGAGCUGAGGAAGCGGUGUCAGGGCCAGAUGGAGACUCUGGAGAGGCUGAGAGGCGUCAGGGAGGAGGUCCAAGAGGAGGACAACGCUUUCAUAGCCGAGGUGUGCUCGGUGCAGCUGUCAGGAAGAGAUCUGCAGAAGCAGACGGAGAAGGAGUUAGAAAGGUGGAGGAAAGACAGACCCUCGUCGACAUUCGACCCCAGAGGUCGCUGCCAUGGAUACCGGAUGGCGUGGGCGAGGGAGCAGGAGCGGCGCCAGAAAGGAAACCUGUCCGUCCCUCUCGCUCGCUCGGCCUCCACCCUCUCGCUGUCUCCGUCCCUCCUCCACAAGAAGGGGUGGAAAGGGGCAAAGGCGAACACGCGCGAAUGGGAAGGCGGUGGCAGCCGAGUUGUGAGGCAUUUCUCGAUGGGAGCGAAGGAGGACGGGAGGAGCUGGACUGAGUUCCGUUUUAAGAAGGUGCCGCGCGUUCAAGAGGAGGACGACGACGCAGUUUUGGAGAGCCACGAAGAAGAGGAGGAGCUGAAACUGACGGAAGAAAGGGAACACAAAGAACUUUUAGAAGAACCUAAGAUGAUUGAAAUCCACAACGUGCCGACAGAGCACGUAGAAGAAACGGUUAUUGCAGAACAACGGAUUGGAAACGGGGGGGAAACAAGCAUCGCUGGGAAGGAGGACCAACUCAUCGGGACCGAGGAGAGCAAAGGGAUUUCGGAGCAGAAGGAAGAAACAAACGUGGAGGCGCACAAAAGUGAAGGUCCCACCGAAGAUCAGACCGCUGAACACAAACAGGGAGACGAGCUGCACCCUGACAGCCGGACGCACGUCCCGGAGCACCAGAGACAUCCAAUCCAGCACCUAGAAAUUCAUGGUAAAGACUCAGACCAAGCGACGGAAAACCAACCGUCAGGAGGCGGAUGUGCAAAAGCUGAGGUGGAAACUCCGCCUGAGAUAGAGGAAGAUGCUGAUGCUGAUAAAAACACGGAGGUGGAGGCGCGGGAAGGUGCAUCGCCAAGCGAGGAACAGACGAUUCAGGUCGACGUGGAACCGGUGGAGAGCACAGAAACUGAAAAUGGGCAAAAGACUCAGGCGGACACGGGCCCAACCGAGAGAAGCCCGGGCUCAGAGACGGACAGUCAGGUAACCGUCGCAGAUCCCACAGGAGAGACGGAGACGCGACAGCAAGAAGUAGUCGCAGAGACAGGCACAAGCCCACGGGGAGACACAUUGGAACACAAUUACCACAGCGGUGAGUCAUUGACAGAAACUGACACGAAAGUAGAGUCCCACACACCAAAAGAAACUAUUGAACUGGCACGGACUCAAGAAGAGCUGGAGGGAAAUCCAGCCGCACAGGAAUCAGAGACUGAAAUGGUACAAAUGGUUUCAGAAGAACACCUAGACUCAAAGGCAGGAACAUUGAUACUUUGUUCACCGCCAUGUACUGAACCAGAAGACAGCACGGACCUGGCAGCUGAUACGGAGACUGAAGUAGAAACACCAAACCACGUAGAGACAGAGUCAAGCGCGGCUUUUGACAAAGAAGGUGACGCAGAAGCUUCUGAACCUUCACGGGACGAAGAAGGUAGAUGUUUGGGUGAACACUCCCAGACACAAGCUGAGGAAAGGGAGAAUACUGACUUGAUAGCACCUCCGCAGGAGGAGUUAGAGGAGGAAGUAACACAGGCAGGAGCAGGGCCACUCACAGCCGCCGGGCCUGAUGGGAAGAAUAGUUCGGUUGAAACCAUCAGCUCAGAGGAGCCUGCACCCCAACAACCGUCUAUCAUCCAGGACACUGUCGGUGCCGUGGAGGAGGAAAGCCCAGAAACUCCUCAAGGAAACACGGUAGGAGACGACAACGUCCCCAUUUCCACCGAACCAACAGACCCACCAAUCGCUAACAGAACCCUGGAGGUCCAGGACGAAGAUUCUCAGCUUGUGAGGGACCAGGCUGAGCCGGCUCACAGGGGCCUGACACCAGCCACGGGGCAUCGAAGCAGCAGGUCCUCUGGGGACUUCUGCGUCCGCAAGUCGUCCAACUCCAGCGGGUCCAGGUUAGCGCAUCGACUCUCUGAAGAUCUCUUCAUCAUGCCAGAGAAAACCGGCCAAUCACAAUCAACUCCUAAUCGGCAGGUUAAACUCGGCCAAUUACAGUCCAACCCCGGAGCGGUAAACCCGACCCAGAGUCCUUCGGACGUAACCGCAGAAGUCUCCCCGUCUUUGUCUGCAGAAGCGACUCCAGCGGUUCAGCCUGACCCCCCAAAACGCUUGGGUCUCUUCCGCAGGCUGAGGGGAGGACAGCCCAAAAAGGCAGCCAAAAUGCAAAUCCCCAAAAUCUUGAUUCAGGACUUCAGUGAUGUAACCGGCACGGGGAAACCGGUGGAGGAAGAGGGAGAAGAGAAACUGAGCUCCAGGGAGAGGAGGCGGCGGCGGAGGGACCGAGAGAGACGGGAGAAGGAGGAGGAGAGGUUGAAAAAGAAGAGAGAGAAGGAGCUGGGGAAGGAGAAAGAACGAGAGAGGAAGAAACCACAGACGAGGGGGAAGAGUUUCCAGGCGCAGAGCGAGAAAGGGAGCAGUGAUGCGACUCAACCUGCACAGACGGCAUCACAGAAGCUUAGCCAUUCUUCUUACACUGAAUCGUACUUUUGACAAAAAACUGAAAAAUAUAUUCUUUUAUCGGAUCCGGAGGAAUGAGGAGUUGUUUUACAGAGUGCUUCAAACUCAUACGGAUCAUCAUACAUCUCUGUCACACUUGAACCUUUUGACAUGUAAAUAAAUCAUAAAUAAUGUUUAAAUAA